AACCUGGUUUGUCUCCUACACCAGGUCUCCCACCUCCUCAUCCUCCCUGCGCCGCAAUCCAACAACGAACAACUUCACGGCGGUCAAACUCAAACAAACAGGGGAUUAAUUCAUCGAAACAGAUUCAAGAUGCAGCAGACCAACGGCAACGGCACCGGAAACGGAACCGGCAACGGCAACAGCACCGGCAACGGCGCUGGCUCUGAUUUGACUCAACAACAGCAACAACAACAGCAGCAGCAGUGGUUGGCGAUGCAGCAGUAUCAGCAACAACAAUGGUUGGCGAUGCAGCAGUACCCUGCCGCCGCCGCCGCGUCUAUGGCUAUGCAUCACCCGGCGGCCAUGAUGUACCAACAACCGCCGCCACMSUAUAUGCCYUAUCAYUAUCAGCARCAASRGYAKCAACAGCAGUMWCMACAACAKCAARSARGYAAUCAGAUUCAGAGUUCGAGYGAAGAUAAYAAGACGAUCUGGGUYGGUGAUCUACAACACUGGAUGGACGAAACUUAUCUCCAGUCUUGCUUCUCGCAGAUCGGCGAGGUACAAUCUAUAAAGCUGAUACGGAAUAAGCAGACUGGUCAGUCAGAGCGUUAUGGAUUCAUCGAGUUCCUUUCUCAUGAAGCAGCCGAGAAAGUUCUUCAGAGCUACAAUGGGACCAUGAUGCCAAGUACUGAUCAAGCUUUCCGGUUAAACUGGGCAAGCUUUAGCACAGGGGAAAAGCGUGGGGAUACUGGUUCGGAUCUGUCUAUAUUUGUGGGAGAUUUGGCUCCAGAUGUAACUGAUACAUUGUUGCAUGAAACAUUUGCUAGCAGAUAUCCAUCGGUCAAAGGUGCAAAAGUAGUUGUUGACACAAAUACUGGCUGUUCAAAAGGUUACGGAUUUGUUAGGUUUAGUGAUGAAAAUGAAAGAACAAGGGCUAUGAAUGAAAUGAAUGGCCAGUAUUGUUCAAGCAGGCCCAUGCGCAUCGGUGUUGCAACUCCCAAGAAGCCAUCUAUCCAACAACCAUAUGGACAACAACAAUAUUCGUCACAAGCUGUGAUAUUGGCUGGUGGAAAUGGUGUAUUUGGUGGCACGCCUCAAAGCUCCCAGUCUGAUGAAGAUUCUUCAAAUACCACAAUCUUUGUGGGUGGACUUGACUCAGAAGUCAAUGAUGAAGACUUGAGGCAAACCUUUAUUCAAUGUGGCGAGAUUUUGUCUGUUAAAAUACCUGUAGGAAAAGGAUGUGGCUUUGUCAAAUUUGCAAACAGAAGCAGCGCGGAGGAUGCAAUUCAGAACAUGCAUGGUACAGUAAUCGGCAAGCAGACAGUUCGUAUAUCAUGGGGUAAAACUCCAGCCGGCAGACAGCGGAUGGAUUCAAAUGGAAACUACCAAGGAAAGCAAGGUUAUGGAGGUGGUGGUUAUGGGUAUGGCAUGCAACAGAAUCAGGAUGCAGGCAUGUAUGCAGGUUAUGAAUCCAAUGGGUAUGGAAAUCAUCAACAGCCCGUAAGCUAAGCUAAAUACUGUUCUAUUUCUGGUUAGUCAAGUGGAGACGAUGAUGAGAUAUGAAAAGACCUAUAAUUAAUACUUUUAUCUCUUAUUAUGGCUUAAAGAUUAUUGAUAAAUGUAACUGCAAGCAGGUCUUUAAAUAUUGAUGAUGAUCUUAUUUUAAGUUUUAAGUCUUUAUUUGUAUGUUAAUAUAUGAUAUGAUGUUGCAGAAGAUCAAGUCCUA